AGCAAAAAGACGUGUCUUAAUGACUGUGACUUAGGUAUAACUUUCUCGGAGAUAUCACGUGAAACGAAAUCAAUUCCAUUCGAUCCCUACCCCGAUUAUAAUAGCGCAGAAUGGAAAAAUUCAUGGAGAGGCUCUUUCCAAAGUUGCAUUGGCCCUGAUGGGAACCUAUUGGAUCGUGAUAAUCUCAAUACAGCCAUGAAAGGCUUCAAGUGGAAUCAUUCCGAUUCCCCGGCUCCCAUUUUUGGCUCAUAUAAAGCAUGGAACCUUGAUGAUGGUCUCUGCACCGAUCCCGAGUCCCGAUAUAGCGCAUAUGGCUAUGGAGAUAAAGGCCUCGAUAGCGACGAUCCUAGCUCUCACAAUGUCAACGCAACACAGUGGGAUAAGGUAGAUUGGGCUAGCUUGCAGAAAAACUGCCUGCAGAACAAUGCUGAACGAUAUAGAAGCUUUCAGUCCGGGGAAAAGUUAUCCACACUCCACAAGGAGCUUGAUUCAGGAUUUGUGGAAAAUAAUACCAAUGAAGAUACUACUCAACAAAAUUACCACCCUCGGACAGCGGUCAUUAUACGAGGCUGGCUAGGGAUGGAGUUCACAGAUGAUGGUAUCCAUAACCUUCGAUCCAUGAUCAUGGAACUCGCUCUCUUUUCCGGAGCCGAAUAUGAAAUCAUUAUCUUGGUCGAUGCUAAAGAUACUGAACUACCCCAUCCCGCUAAUAAAGUAGGCAUGGAAGAAUUCAAAAGAUUACAUCUACCGGAAGAAUUCCGGGAUAUUGCGGUGUUUUUUAACAAUCAAAUUUUGGAAGACUGGUACUCAAAAAUUGACGUUCACUACUUCCAGCCAGUGCAAAUCUUCUCGCGACUCCAUCCAGGAUACGACUACAUUUGGCAAUUUGAGAUGGAUUCCCGAUAUACUGGACAUUAUUAUCACCUUCUCAAGCAGGCUGCAAAUUUUGGGAAACAACAGCCGCGAAAGAACCUGUGGGAGCGCAACUCCUACUUUUACAUCCCUGCUAUCCACGGAACCUGGGAUGAGUUCACCGACCAAGUGGACCAGAGCAUGGCCAAUCAAGAUAGUGUUCUAGGCCCACAGGCAGUCAAAGGAAUCAAUACUGAUGGCGAAGCACCCACGAUACCGGUCGUGGACUUGGAAGAAGAUCUCUGGGAUUGGGGUAUCGGCGAGGAAGCGGAUGUGAUUACCUGGCUACCGAGCUUUGAUCCUCGUCAUACCAAAUGGCCAUUCCGUGAUCGUGUCUUUAACUUUGCUCAAAAGGGAAGCACGCCCCGUCGGGCGUCUGUGGUUGCGAUGUCUCGAGUCUCGGCACAUCUACUCCGGCUUAUGCAUGCGGACAAGGAGAGAACAGGCCUUGGGCUGGCAUCCGAGAUGUCUCCGACGUCCUGGGCUCUUUACUAUGGCUUGAAAGCAGUUCAGGUUCCUCAGCCGAUUUUUCAUGCGCAUAGUUGGGAUCCUGCAGAGUUGAAUCGUCGAGCAAACCCAGGCAGCCCGGGCGCGAUCAAUGCUGGACGGGAUAGCAUCUGGAGCUGGAAUAUGCAUAAUGAUAUUUUGCUCAACGUGACAUUCAUGUUUAACUCCGAAUUUUCUGAAAGGCUUUAUCGAGCUUGGCUAGGGUACGAUCAGAAGGAGGACUCUGGCAAGAUUUGCUUGCCGCCUAUGCUGUUACAUCCUGUCAAAAAUACGAAGAAUUGA